AUGGCGCGGCGGGGGAUGGAUACAGGCGUAGGGUCAUGGGCAGCGCUGGUUCUCCUGCUGGUGUCCUCCUCGGUCGUGUUGGGUCUUCAGUGGAAUAAGGAAUGCGACGGGGGUCUGAGGACGUGGCUCCUCACCACGGUGUGCGUGACCGCCAUCUGCAGCGGGCUGGGCGCGAUCUUCCACGGCAGAGGGAACGGCACCCGACCGUCGCGCUUCCUAGACGACGACGACGCCUGGGGGGUCGACGACGACAGCAUCAACGUUAGCGUUAGCAGCGCCGCGGGGGGCACGGGCGGGCGAGCUUCGCCGCCGGAGAUGGGGCCAGAGGAUGCCAACGGCAACGGCAAACGUAGUGACAUCAGGAUAACGCCGCCGUUCAAGAUGGAGGAAGGCGGCGGAAGCGGGGGCAAGGGGGUGAACGGGGGCGGGAUGGCCGGGGGGGAGGAGCGGCGGGAUUCGAUGGGGGACGAGUCGAUCGUAUCGGGGGUUCCUAGCACUAUCUCGCACCGACUGGCGGCACAGUCGUCGUCGCUCCAGCACCGAUAUUUCGGGCCAGGGCCUAAGGUGUUUCCGGACACGAUUUUCUUCAUCCUGGUGGUGAGCCAAUGGUUUCUCGCGGGCUGGAGCGUCGUAGGGGCGGCGCUGUACUUCCGACUCUUCACUGGCAAUCGAACCUGUUCACCCUUGCUGCGGCACUGGACGCUGCUGGUUGUGAUCAUCGGGUUCCUGUCGUGCCUCCUGGCCGUUUGCUCCUGGGGGCAACGGGUAAGCGAAAUGGAGAGCGGUGUGAUGGCGGCAGCUUCUGGGCUGCGGCACGAGAGGGGAUUCGAAGAAGAAAACUAGUGGUAGUUCGUUGCGGAUAGGGCUGGUGGUGUGACUGACAGGCCAAGAUCGUUCUAUUAGUUCUUUUGUGUGGCAGUCGGCAGGGGUGAGCGCGGGGGGGGGUACACAGAGUGCGGUCGUUUGCCGGGGGCAUACAUAUGUAUGCCUCGAAACGCCCAGCCGAGCCCGCCCCUAUGGAUGUAGUAAUACCGACAGCCCACUUGUACAGCGUUGUUUGGGGCUUGGUCGGAGUGGCUGCGAUCGACUUGUUAUGCCGGAAGCGCCUGCGAGUUUAAACCGCAGGUGUAUCGUCUGCCAUCAUCGCGACGAGGUCGAACAGUGUUUGGAGCGCUCCCGUAGAUGUGUGAUGUACCAAACCAUGUAUUUUGUGACACCGGCUGCGUAUGCGCCGAGGAUUAGUUGUGGUUCGAGGCAGUGCCUGUUGUUGUGGUGUGCUCUAUUUUCUGGCAUUUGAUUGCUUUGGUUUGUUUUUGUGGAUUUUCAGAUUAGUUUGCAGCAACACGGCACGAUAGCCUGGAAGCGUUGGAACAUAGAGAGGCUUCACCUACGGUCAAAUAUACAUACAUUACAUG